GGCACGGCGCGGCCCCGGAGGGGGGGACUGGGGCAUGGGGGGGGGGGGUGGGGUGGUCGCACCAGCCCCCCCUCCCCCCCGGCCCAAAACCAGCCGGGGUGAGGGCCAGCCCGUCACCCAGCAGCUCUGCACUGGUGUAGCUGUCACCCAGGAUGUCCAGGCGCUUCCCUGGGGCACUAGCUCCUGCCUUCGCUUCGCGCCGAGCAGCGCGCAAGCCCCCCGCGCUCCGGUGCUCUUUGUCCGUCCCGAAUUCCUCCAAACUGGCGCGGCACUUUGAGUUUUAAGGUGGUGACGUGAGGACACCCCCCCCCCCCCCCCCGUGUUCUCAUACACUCUGUUCGUCUUUGAUCUACCAGCCGGGGAUUUAGGAAUUGCUUUUUUUUUCCUGUCACGCUCCUGCACGUACAGAAUAAUACCCCUUAACGUGUUAUUGUGUGAAGCUACGUCUUCCGUGCUGCCCACCAUCCCUCUCCCCAGCACGUCACUCGGAGGUACCUGGGAACCUGGCCAGGUUUGUCCUCACAGACAUGAGCUCUGGGCGUCCGAGUCUCCUAGAUUGUUCCCUCAUCGUGAGAAUUCCUCCUCCUUUUGAGAGAGAUCCUGGAGCAUGAAACGCUCCGUCCCACUGGUGGGAACAGGGAGGCCACUCGGUUUUGUUCCGAGUUGUCCUCACCAAGGCCUGCAGUGCCCCUGCUGCAUAGAGCUUUACCCAGCUCCCACUCGGCCUCUUUGUCACCCUUGCCUGCGUGCACUAACGUGGGAGGAGACCACUUGCAGGCAACCCAAGUUUGUAAGUCGGGGCUUGGUGACUGCUGUUCUUGUUAGCGUUUUCGCCGUACUCCUUGUUGAAAUACAAGCACUGAGCCACAGAGCUGCUCUUGUGGUGGCUCCCAGAGGAUUUGGAAGGUGCAUGCGAAAGUAGUUUGUCUUCACUUCUUCCUGGAUGCGUUGGUUAUUCCCAACGGUAACGUAUAUUGCAGACAGUCAGGAAGCAGCUGUUUGAAUUCAGUUACAGAAAUGAAUCCUUCCCCACGUACACAUGGAUUCUGCCUGCCUGGUUCUGCCUCCCUGGUACAGUUACACAAGCGUUAAUGGAUUCCUAGGAAACCCUUGGACCAGUGAGAAACUGUCCCCACAUACAGAAACAAGAGGCGCAUAAUGUAAUGAGUUCACCAGGAACGUGCAGGAAUCCAGAACUUGAGUCUGGAUCCCCAUCAUCAAAGUCCUGUACCUUGACUUUGAGAUGUUUCUGCUCAUCGCUGGUUUGUGUGUUCUCAAGGUUGAACCAUCCCAAUGUAGUAAGAGCCUGUGAAGUUCCCGAGGAGAUGAACUUUCUGGUUAACGAUGUUCCUCUUCUGGCAAUGGAAUAUUGUUCAGGGGGCGACCUCCGGAAGUUGCUAAAUAAACCGGAAAACUGCUGUGGACUUAAGGAAAGUCAAAUACUUUCUCUGCUUAGCGACAUUGGGUCUGGUAUCCAGUAUUUACAUGAAAACAGAAUUAUACACAGAGAUUUAAAGCCUGAAAAUAUUGUUCUUCAGGACGAAGGUGGGAAGAUUGUUCACAAAAUAAUAGACCUGGGAUAUGCCAAGGAUCUGGAUCAAGGAAGUUUAUGCACUUCAUUUGUUGGGACAUUACAAUAUUUGGCUCCAGAACUCUUUGAGAAUAAAUCCUACUCGGCUACUGUUGAUUACUGGAGCUUUGGAACGAUGGUGUUUGAGUGCGUUGCGGGAUUUAGACCGUUCUUACAUAAUCUGCAGCCAUUCACCUGGCACGAAAAAAUCAAGAAGAAGGAUCCAAAGCACAUCUUUGCUUCUGAAGAGAUGAAUGGGGAGGUUCGCUUUAGUACCCAUUUGCCACAGCCUCACAGCCUCUGUGGUUUAAUUAUAGAACCGAUGGAAAACUGGUUGCAACUGAUGCUGAACUGGGAUCCACAACAGAGGGGUGGAGGUUUAGAUCCUGAGACCAGUCGUCCAAAGUGCUUCCUAAUAAUGGAUCACAUACUGAAUUUGAAGAUAGUACACAUUCUAAAUAUGACCUCUGCCAAGAUUGUUUCAUUUCUCUUGCAUCCUGAGGAAAGCCUUCAUUCCCUUCAGAUUCGGAUUGAGUUUGAAACUGGAAUAAGUACUGGAAAUCAGGAACUGCUGUUGGAAACAGGGAUUUGCCUGGACCCUCGGAAACCUGCUUCCCAGUGUGUUAUUGAUGGCGUAAGAGGCUGGGAUAGCUACAUGGUCUAUUUGUUUGAUAAAAGCAAAACCGUCUAUGAUGGACCUUUUGCUUCUCGGAGUCUGUCUGACUGUGUAAAUUACAUUGUACAGGACAGUAAAAUCCAACUGCCAAUUCCUCAGCUGCGCAAGGUAUGGGCGGAAGCAGUUCACUACGUGAUUGGGCUAAAAGAAGAUUAUGGCAGGCUUUUCCAGGGCCAGAGAGCUGCUAUGCUCAGUCUUCUUCGGUAUAAUGCCAACCUAAUCAAAAUGAAAAACAAUAUGGUGUCAGCAUCUCAGCAACUGAAAGCAAAGCUGGAAUUCUUCCAUCAAAGCAUUCGCCUUGACCUGGACAGAUACAGUGACCAGAUGGCUUAUGGCAUAUCCUCGGAAAAGAUGCUCAAAGCCUGGAAGGAGAUGGAAGAGAAGGCCUCUCAGUGUGCACAGGCUGAAGAUAUUGGCUAUCUGGAUGAGCAGAUCAUGGCUCUGCACACAGAGAUUGUAGAGCUUCAGAAGAGUCCGUACGCAAGGCGCCAGGGAGAGGUCAUGGAAAGCUUGGAACAGAGAGCCAUAGACCUGUACAAGCAAUUGAAAACAAGACCUCCAGAUCAUGCCUACAGUGACAGCACGGACAUGGUGAAGAUCAUUGUGCAGACAGUCCAGAGUCAAGACAGAGUUCUCAAGGAGCUCUUUGGCCAUCUCAGUAAGCUCUUGGGCUGUAAGCAGAAGAUCAUUGACUUGCUUCCAAAGAUUGAAGUGGCUCUAAAUAACAUCAAGGAAGCUGACAACUCAGUGAUGCAGAUGCAGGGAAAAAGACAAAGAGAGAUAUGGCAUUUGCUGAAAAUUGCUUGUACUCAGAGCUCCUCUCGCUCGCUGGUAAGCUCCAGCCUGGAAGGGACAGCCUCGAGUCCGGCAGCCAUGUGGCUCCCACAGAACUCCUCAGGGAACGUACCUCACCCUCUGUCAUCUAUGGCAACUCCUGAAGAUGGGGAAAAUUUUGUCCAAGUGAUAGAAGAGAAUAUGAAUUACCUCGAACUCUUUAGCAGUAUUUUGCAGGAGGCAAGACAGGAGCAGAACAACAGCAUAAUGAGUUUUGACUGGAGCUGGCUGAAAUAGCCGAAGGAGCGCUGCUCUCUGCGAGGGGCCUGCACGCUGGGAGGCUGCGGCCUGUGCCGUGACAAGCUGGGGGGGAGCGGCCCCUCCGUCCCCGUUGUGUUUCGCAAACCUUGGCGCUGGCAGAAACGAACCGCGUUUCAGGGGCUUUUGCCUCGUUGGGCUUUUAACUAAAGGAGUAACCCGCUUGUUGGGGAGGGAGGCGCGGCGGCAGCGCCGGCUGCCUUCACCAGUGCUGGGCAGGCGGGGGGUGCGCCCCGCCCGGGCUCUCCCGCCGCUUGUCUCGACGCGUGUAAUAUGAAUGUAUAGAUUUAUAUAUAUUAUAUAUAUAUAUAUAUAUUUUUAAAUAGGAUUGACUGCAAUAAACGCUGUGGAGAGGCUG